AAAAAAAAAUUAAAUAAUAACGAAAUAUGCUAUAAGUAUGGAAUGAGUUUAUUCGAAGAAUGUACAUGUUUUGAUAGACUUUUAUUCCAUAAAACACAGGAACGCUAUUUUCAAUUUUCUUUUCUAUCAAUUCAAUUCAAAUUUUAAUACAAUCAAUAUUAAAAAGACAUUUGAUUGCUGAUUAAAGCUUGACGAAACCUGCGUUAGAUGGUUCUGGAAUCAAUUCCCUUCUUUUUAUUUUCGUAAAUGAAGUAACGUAAGCGUGGCUAAUCAAGGAACGAAAAGAAAAAUGAGCAGCUCUGAGGAGGUUUCAUGGAUUUCUUGGUUUUGCGGACUUCGAGGAAAUGAUUUUUUUUGUGAGGUUGAUGAAGACUACAUACAGGAUAAAUUCAAUUUGACUGGGCUGAAUGAACAAGUACCACAUUAUAGACAAGCAUUGGAUAUGAUAUUGGAUUUAGAACCUGAUGAUGAUUUAGAUGAUAACCCCAACCAAUCAGACCUUAUUGAACAGGCAGCAGAAAUGCUUUAUGGUUUGAUUCAUGCUAGGUAUAUCUUAACAAACCGAGGUAUUGCGCAAAUGAUUGAGAAAUAUCAGUCUGGUGAUUUUGGAUUUUGCCCCAGAGUGUAUUGCGAGUCUCAACCAAUGCUCCCACUAGGGUUAUCCGAUGUCCCUGGAGAAGCAAUGGUAAAAAGCUAUUGCCCUAAAUGUAUGGAUGUGUAUACACCCAAAUCUUCUCGUCACCAUCAUACUGACGGGGCAUACUUUGGUACUGGCUUUCCUCAUAUGCUUUUUAUGGUUCACCCAGAGUAUAGGCCCAAGCGUCCCACCAAUCAAUUUGUUCCUAGAUUAUUUGGCUUUAAAAUCCAUCCAUUGGCAUAUCAGUUACAGCAACAGGCUGCCUCUACAUUCAAAUGUCCUCUCAGAAGCUUCAACAAUGGAAAACGUUAAAAAUAGAUGAAUUGUAUGUCAACAUUGUAUUAGAAUUGUGGUGGAACAUUUAGAUUGAAGUUAUUCAUAAAUUUUCUUUCUUAACAACUUAUAAUAAUAAAACUUGUACAUUUUAAUUCUAAUUAAGGCUAUACAAUAAAAAAAUAUUGUUAUCCUAUCAACAUCACAAAGGACAUACCUUAUAGCUUUUCCACCCUAGGAGAGUGACCCUAUCUGCUCCGCAAGAUAUUUAUAUUUCAUGGAUUCAGUUGUUAUUUUUUACUACAUUGACUACAAUAAAAAAGAUAGUUUUUUC